AUGCAGAAACCCCCUACAGGCCAUCUAGAGAAGCUGGCCUUAGCCCUGAUAGUCGCCGACCGCAAGCUGUGGCCUUACUUUCAGGCUCACCCAGUUGUGGUCGUCACCUCCUUCCCUAUAAAAUUGAUCCUCCACAAGCCUGAAGUCUCUAGACGCCUUGCGAAAUGGGCUGUGGAACUAGGAGAAUACGAUGUGAUUUUUCGACCAGCAACAGCUAUAAAGUCGCAUGUCUUGGCAGACUUUGUGGUCGAAUUCUCCCCUUCCUUGGUCCCAGCUCUGGAGCAAGAAGUGCGCCUCCAAAGCGAAACAAAGAGAGAGGGAGAAUGGGUCCUGCAUGUUGAUGGAUCCAGCAACAUCAGAGGAGCCGGGGUAGGAAUAAUGCUUACUUCACCGACAGGGAAAACGGCCUCAAGGGCCGUGAGGUGA